AUGCUUGAGUUUUUCUUCUUCUUAAUUCUAUUCUAUCAAACAACAUUAGCUUUACUUUACAAUGAACCAUGUACUAAAAAAUGUAAUUUGCCUGGUAUGAUUUGUAUAAAUAAUAUAUGUAAAUGUGAUUCAAAAAAUCGUCGUUUUUGGACGGGUGCUCGAUGUAGUCAUUGUCCAAAUGAUUGGACAAUGACUGAAACAGCAUGUCUUACUUACUAUACAACUAAAAUGUCAUGGCAAGCAGCAGAAGCAACAUGUCGUAAUGUGAAGGCAGAAUUGAUAAGUUUUCGUGAUAAAAGUAUAAUUCCACUUAUAUUCAAUGCAUCUAUUAAAAAUCAACAUAUGGGAAUUAGUACAUUAAGUGCAUGGACAAGUGCUCGUGCAAUAAAUGUUUCGGGAUUGGGAGUGUAUAAAUGGCUUGACAAGAGUAUAGCACCUUUUAACAGUAAAAGUGAUUGGUGGUGUAAAAAGACUACACUUAAUUUGGGCUAUCCUUAUCACUAUGAUGAACCGACAAGAUUGAUUAGUCCUACAAAAGAAAUAGAAUCAUGUGUAAAUUAUUGGCGCGGUCAAUCUAAUAUUCAAGUAGUGUGUCUAGAUGAUCAACUCUGUAGUCGUGAUUAUCCAUUUGUUUCUGAGUCCUCAGAAAAUAAAUAUAUAGGACCACCACCUGUAAUAAGUGAUCAAUCUGAUGGAACUGUUCCAAAUGAUCAGUCCAGUGGAUCUACUGAUAAUGGAGUGAAUCUAAAUAAUGUAGUUUCUACAACGGCACAACCUAAAAAAAAAUCAAGUAUCAUCAUAAUAAUAGCAGUUAUUGCUGUACUGGUCUUAUUGGCAGCUCUUGUUGGUGGUGUUUUCUGUUUUCUUAAGUCUCGUCAUUCAACUAGAUCUCCACAAAAAAGUCUUGCCAUUGAUAGUAAUAUUAAAGAAGAAUCAAUUAAUUCUGAUAUAAAUGUAAAUGAUAAUGAUCUUAAUUUAAAUAAUCCACCUCCACCUGUAAAUCGUGAUCUUAAUAUGGGUGUAAAACAACAACAGCAACAAAAACAUACACGAGGUGGUUAUUCUAAACAACAAUUUGAUGAAUUUGAAUAA